AUGGCCAGUGUUCGUACUCUGAAGAAAGGCGCAGACCUCGUCGCUGCCAGAGCGGCGGCCUUCCAAGCACCCCGCGCUUCUAUCGGCUCCACACUAUUGCGGCGGGAGCUAUCGUCCGCCUCGGUGCGGCCAGCAGCCCGUGUGCCCUGCACCCGGGUUGCCCUUCCUAAGGCAAUUGGAAAGACUCAGACUCUGCGUUUUGCCUCAAGCUCAAGCGAGCCUCUGAGCAAGACCCAGCUCUAUGCGUUGCACGAGGCCCAUGGCGCCAAGAUGGUGCCCUUUGCUGGGUUCGCCAUGCCGCUCCAGUAUACCGACCUGAGCCACGUCGAAAGCCACAUGUGGACUCGUGAGAAGGCCAGCUUGUUCGAUGUGAGCCAUAUGGUGCAACACCACCUUAGCGGCCCAGGUGCUCUCGAGCUCCUCAUGAAAAUCACCCCUUCGUCUCUCGACAAGCUGGCUCCUAACACCUCUACCCUUUCUUGCCUGUUGGAAGAAGGCACCGGUGGUAUCAUUGACGACACUGUCAUCACCCGCCGCGGCGAAGACACCUUCUACUUUGUUACCAACGCCGGCCGCCGCGCCGAGGACCUUGCUUUCUUGAAGACCGAGAUCGACGCAUACCGGUCCAAGAACGGUGCGGACAGCAUCAAGUGGGAUAUCCUCGAAGACCGCGCCCUGGUUGCUCUGCAAGGACCCCUCGCCGCCAGUGUCCUCCAGCCCCUCAUCAACUCCGCCAACGCCUCCGCCGCCGAGACCGACCUCAGCACCCUUUACUUCGGCAACUGCCGAGAGCUCCACCUCACCCUCCCCGACGGCUCUGCUACCCCCUCCCCCCUUCUGAUCUCCCGUACCGGCUAUACCGGUGAAGAUGGUUUCGAGAUCUCUAUCCCCACCUCCGCUUCCGCCUCCCUCCCGGAGCAAGUCGUGAACCUCCUGCUCCAGGACAAGGAUACCACCCGCCUCGCCGGUCUCGCGGCUCGUGACUCCCUCCGCCUGGAAGCCGGCAUGUGCCUCUACGGCCAUGAUAUCUCUACCGCACAGACUCCCCCCGCUGCUGCCCUCGGCUGGGUCGUUGGCCGUGAGCGCCGCGAUGCCGCGACUGCUACUUUCAACGGUGCCUCUGCCAUUCUGCCCCAGCUUGCUAGCCCCGCCAAGACCCUGAAGCAGCGCCGUGUUGGUCUCACCGUUGAGAAGGGCUCCCCUGCCCGCGAGGGUGCCAUUGUUGUGGAUCUUUCCGACCCUGCCAACCCCGUUGAGAUUGGUGUUGUUACAUCUGGUGUACCAAGCCCGUCCCUUGGUGGUGCGAACAUCGCUAUGGCCUAUGUCCAGUCGGGCUUCCACAAGAAGGGCACUGAGGUUGGUGUUAAGGUCCGCAACAAGGUUCGCAAGGCCAGUGUUGUUGGUAUGCCUUGGAUCGAGAGCAAGUUCCACCGUCCCUCUUAA